AUGCGGGCGCUAAGUGCUGCCGGGCCGCGGGCAGGACCUCCGGGACUCAGGGCUGGGCCCUGGGCAUGCCGGGGGGCGUCUUUCACCUCCCAGUUCAUUUGCCGAGAGUCCCCAGUUUAUGAGAGGGAUUUUGCUCUGGGUCAUGCGGGCGGUGCUCGUCAGAGGCCUCCCCAAGCUGGGGGGCUGCCCGAGGACCCUAGGCGCCUCGUCAUCACGGCCUCUCCCGCUCAGUGCGUGCCGAUGUUCCGGCUCCCACGGGGUGCCCGUGGUGCUGGGCCGUGGUCAGGGCGGAUGGAGACGGGGUUACGUGCGCUCCUGCGGGGUCUGCCCGUGCAGUGGUGCCCUGGGAUCUGCAUUUCAGGUGUCGCUCCAUCCCUGGGGAAUGGGUUUCUGCAUUGGCCUGUCCCUCUGCUUCGUGAGUGGUCUGUCUGGGAUGAAGGCCGGCCGGCCUGCUUCGUCCCCAUCAGAGGACUCACCUCUGAGAGCGAGCCCUUCCUCUCUGCUUCCUCUGUGCGCUGGACGGGGCGGGAGAGCGGCCGGUGGUUGCUGAGUCCCGUGGUUCUUCUGUCGGAGCAUCGGUGA